AACACAAACCCAUUAGUUCUCAAUGGGUGAUACAACCAAGGAGGAUGUCUCUGGCUAUAGCCGAAAAGUUGUGGGUAAGAAAAGAAGAGCGUAUUUCUUUAGGAAAUGGACAAAGAUCGAUGUAAUGAGAGUCUCCUCUGUUGGGACCGUGCACUUCUUGUGUCUCUUGGCUCCUUUUUACUUCAAAUGGGAAGCUCUCCUAUUCGGUGUUAUACUCGCUUUUCUAACUUCCCUCUGCAUUACGUUCUCGUACCAUAGAAACUUGACUCAUCGGAGCUUUAAGCUACCUAAAUGGCUUGAAUAUUCAUUUGCCUAUUUUGCCCUUUUUGCGCUUCAGGGUCAUCCAAUAGAUUGGGUGAGCACACAUAGGUUCCAUCAUCAGUUCACAGAUUCGGACCGUGACCCACAUAGCCCUAUGGAAGGAUUCUGGUUUAGUCAUGUCUUCUGGAUAUUCGACACCAGUUACAUCAGAGAAAAGUGUGGAGGACGUGACAACGUGAUGGACUUGAAACAGCAAUGGUUCUAUAGGUUUUUACGAAACACCAUUGGUCUCCACAUCAUGACGUUUUGGACCCUCGUCUACUUGUGGGGUGGUCUACCCUACCUAACUUGCGGCAUUGGUGCUGGAGGAGCAAUCGGUUACAACGGGACAUGGCUCAUAAACUCAGCUUGCCAUAUCUGGGGCUCACGAGCAUGGAACACCAAGGACACAUCUCGUAACAUAUGGUGGCUAGGACCAUUCACGAUGGGAGAAAGCUGGCACAACAACCACCAUGCCUUUGAAGCCUCAGCUAGGCAUGGACUUGAAUGGUAUCAGGUAGACUUGACUUGGUACCUCAUUUCGUUCUUCCAGGCUCUCGGUUUAGCCACUGACGUCAAAUUACCAUCAGAAGCUCAGAAACGGAAGUUGGCUUUCCCUCGUUAAUCUCAGCUCUGAUUCUAUCUAUGUCGCUUUCAACUUUGUGUUUCUUAAUGAUAUGUAUGUCAUAACUUGUUCUUUUGUUAUU